GGACCCCCCCGAAAACAUCACCCCCUUCCCCCGCUUCACCCCUUCCCCCACUUUACUCCUCAUUUUGGGGGGGGGGGGGGGUUUCCUUCCUUUUUGGGGAGGGAUCUCCGGCUUCCCAACGCAGCAACACCACCUCCCCCCCCAAAUUCCCACGCCCCCCCCCCCCCCCCGAUAACCAAGGUUGGGUUAAAGUUUGGCAUGGGGCAGCGGGGCUAAGCCCCCCCCGCCCCCCUCGGCGGGGCUUUCUGGGGUGUCCCCGGGGGGGGAUUUGCGGGGGGGGUCACCCUGAGCCCCCCCCCCCCUCCAGGCGAUGCCGUCGGUGAUGGAGAAGCCCUCGGGGAUCCUGUCCCGCAGCCGGGCGAAGUCGGUGGCCGCCGGCGGUGGUCCCCCCCCCUCCGAAGACGAGGGCAGCGAGGACGAGCACGCCCACGACAGCAUGAUCCGGGUGGGGGCCGACUACCAGGCGGUGAUCCCCGACUGCAAACCAGAGAGCCCCGCCCGCUACAGCAACAAGGAGCUGAAGGGGAUGCUGGUCUGGGCCCCCAACCACUGCGUCUCUGACGCCAAACUGGACAAGUACAUUGCCAUGGCAAAGGACAAGCACGGCUACAACAUCGAGCAGGCUCUGGGGAUGCUGCUGUGGCACAAGCACGACGUGGAGAAGUCCUUGGCCGACCUGGCCAACUUCACACCCUUCCCGGACGAGUGGACAGUGGAGGACAAGGUCCUUUUCGAACAAGCUUUCAGCUUCCACGGCAAAAGCUUCGCCCGCAUCCAACAAAUGCUCCCCGACAAGCUGAUCCCCAGCCUCGUUAAAUAUUAUUAUUCCUGGAAAAAAACCCGCACCCGAACCAGCGUCAUGGACCGACAGGCGCGACGCCUCCUCGGCCGCAAGACCGCGACGACAGCAACGACGAGACCGACGACCACCCGCCCCGUUAACGAUGGGGAAACAGAAACACCGGACCCCAAAAAAGAGCCUUUUUACCCCAAAACCGCGGCACGGAAGGAGGCGCAAUAUCGUCACCACCCCCCGGCGCGGCACCGGCGUCGCCCACCGCGGGGGAUGCACCUCAGCCGGGAAGACGUCGCCGGCGUCACCGCGAACCCCGAUUUGGGGGCUCUGGCGCUGCGGCAGCUGGAUUGUCAGCUGGUCUCCCUCAAACGGCAGGUGCAGCGGAUCAAGCAGAUCAACAGCGGCCUGAAGCAGGCGUUGGAGGGCGGCGUGGAGGGGCUGCGGCCGCCGGAGGCCAGCAGCAAAUUCAGCUCUCGCUGGACAACGGAUGAGCAGCUCCUGGCGGUGCAGGCCCUGCGCCGCUACGGCCGUGACUUCCCGGCGGUGGCGGGGGUGCUGGGGAACAAGACGGCGGCGCAGGUGAAGAGCUUCGUCCUGGGCGCCCGGCGCCGCUUCGGCCUUGACCGGCUGCUGCGGGAGCGGGAGGCCCUGAGGGGGGGGGAGCCCCCCGCGCUCCCCCCUGCGCCGGGGCGGGAGGAGGAGGAGGAGGAGGAGGAGGAAGAGGUGCAGAUCACGGGGGUCUCUCGCCCGGCUCCGCCCCCCAGCGCGGCCCCGCCCCCUCCGCCGGCACCACCACCCCCGCCCUCCCCCUCGCGCCCCCCUCAGCCCCCGCCCCUCCUGCGCCCGGCCCCGCCCCACGCCCCGGUGCUGCCGCGGCCGCCGCCGCCGCUCCAGCAGGGCCGGGCCCCGCCCCCCCUCAUCCGCCCUGGCCACGCCUCCGCCGCCCGGCCCCGCCCCCCCGCCGCCGGCCACGCCCCGCCCCGCUGAGCGCUGGGGAUCCGCCGCCUCCGCAGCGCCCCCUGCCGGGCCGGAGGACACGCGGUCCCGGGCGGGGGGGGAGGGGCGCGGGGAGGUGGGGUGGUCCCGGGGUGGGGGAGGGGGGCUGGGGGUGCCCCGGCCGCGUUUGCAAUAAAGGUAUUUUACUAGA